UGUUAUCAGUAUUAUUAUAUUGUUCACUCUUGCGACAGCAAAAUAGCACAACUGAAGUAAUACUUUAAAUAAAUAGAGCAACAACAAAUUUUUUAAUUCAAAUGGCUAAAGCUGGGAAUCCAUUUAAUGUUCUGCGAAACAUUUACAACAAUGAGUUCCAGUGGAUGUUGGUAAAAAGUUUUGGUAUGUUUUUUCUGGGCGUCCGAAUUGCCAAAGAAUUUGUGGGCGUGGAAUUGAUGCCCACUGUAUUGCCGGCUUAGUGUUUUAAUGGAGAAACAAAUUCAAAUUCACUAUGUACAAAAACAGUAGGGGGCAGUUAACUAAUUGUAAUUAAAGACAAAAAAAAAUUAUUUACAAAA